CUCCUUGCAGCAGCGUAAGGAUUGGGUUGUAUUUUUGGAACAGUGUGUGUGGAUCUGGUCGCCUUGUUAGGUCUGCUAAAACAUUUCCAAUAGCACCAACUGUUGUGAUAGCAGCGCCAGUGAGGGGAGGCAGGGACAGGGAAAGGGGCUUUUCUAUGGCCACCUUGGAAAGCCAUGCAAGAUCCCUGGCUCAACCAGAAAAAAGAAGACAUCCAAAAACAGUUCAACUAAAUAAUCGCAUAUUAGUUUUACCUCUGGGGGGAAAACAUCCGUAACAAAUCUUACUCAGUCAGCACAGAGCCUUUAUGAAGUUCAUGACUCUGAAAUCGAACAGCGAUCAACAGAAGAAGAGUACUGAAAUAAUCAAAGGGAAUAAGAGAUAAUUAAGUAGACUAAAAUGCGCGCCUGAACAAAUUGAUUUGAAGUGUCUAUAGAGUGCAAGGCUACAUGGAAAAUACCCCCAAAAUAUUCAAGAACAAUACAAAGAACAAAUUCUAAACACAGUGUCAAGGAUCUCUUAAAUCGUUUUAAAUGACAGGUGAAGGCGGAUCCAUUCUGACAGAAGAUAUUUUAUCUUGACCAAGAUUUUCAAAAAGUCAUUGAUUUGACUCCGCCUUUAAAACUAUUUUUUUUUGGUCUGCAGUCACAGAAGGGAAGGUAUGAGUGGAGGUCGUUUUGAAUUUGAUGAUGGUGGAGCUUAUUGUGGUGGUUGGGAAGGUGGUAAAGCCCAUGGGCAUGGGAUCUGCACCGGACCUAAAGGACAGGGCGAGUUCUCCGGCUCCUGGAAUUACGGGUUUGAGGUGGUUGGAGUCUACACCUGGCCAAGCGGAAACGCCUAUGAAGGCUUCUGGUCGCAAGGGAAGCGCCAUGGUCUAGGAGUUGAGACUAAAGGACAUUGGGUUUACAAGGGAGAAUGGACUCAUGGCUUCAAGGGGAGAUAUGGCUUGAGGCUGAGUGUUGGUAGUGGGGCAAAGUAUGAAGGAACGUGGAAUAACGGAUUGCAAGAUGGAUAUGGCACAGAGACCUAUGCUGAUGGUGGCACAUUUCAGGGCCAAUUUACUGGUGGCAUGCGACAUGGGUACGGAGUACGUCAGAGCGUGCCUUACGGCAUGGCGGCGGUGGUUCGCUCCCCUCUCCGCACUUCCCUCACAUCCCUCCGCAGUGAGCAAAGUAAUGGCACUCUGCUCCAGCAGGACGUCCCCGUCAUCAUUGCCACCAACGCCGCCGGCCAGGAGGCCCGAGUCACCACACCCACCCAGCUGGGACCCUCCCGGGGUGGCUUCGCCCUCACGCUCCAGGUGGACCCAGACGCCGUCAAGCCCAAGAAGAAGGGCCUGUUCCGAAGGGGGUCUCUCCUGGGGAAACUGAAGAAGUCUGACUCCCGUACUUCCUUAUCCAGCGUGAGGAGUAAGCUAAGCUUCCUGGGAGCGAGGAGCGAGUCAGCGUUGAGUUCAGCGGCCAGCGAUGUGGCCAGCGAUGCCAACUCCACCAUCAGUCUGGGAGAUGAGAGCCUAGCCGGGGCAGAGGAUUUCCCCCCUGUGGAGGCCGACAUCGAUGCCACCACCACAGAGGUAUACAUGGGGGAGUGGAAGAACGACAAGCGUUCAGGCUAUGGAAUAAGCGAACGUUCCAGUGGGCUAAAGUAUGAAGGCGAAUGGCUGGACAACCAGCGACACGGCUAUGGAUGCACCACCUUUGCGGAAGGAGGGAAGGAGGAAGGAAAGUAUAUGAACAACAUGCUGGUGAAGGCCAUGAAGAAGAGGGUUAUCCAACUGAAGGGCAGCAAGAUCAGGCAGAAAGUGGAGCGCAGUGUGGAGGGAGCUCAGCGGGCGGCGGCCAUCGCCAAACAGAAAGCAGAGAUCGCUGCCUCCAGGACGACCCAUGCUAAGGCCAAGUCAGAUGCUGCCGAUCAGGCUUCCCAGGCCUCCAACCAGGAGUCCAGCGUCGCCAGGGUGGUGGCCAGGGAACUGUCCCCUUCCUUCUAUCAGCCAGGCCCAGAGUACAUGAAAAAGAGAGCAUUACAGGAGAUCUCAGAGGCCAAUGAGCACACAGACCCUAUAAUGCAUGAGCAACUGUUAGCAGAGCAACCACUGACACCUGCUGAAAGCCCAAUGCUGCACGACAGGCCUGGCUCCACUCCAGCCUGCACACCCUCCCCCAGCCCGGCCAUCACCCCUCCAGCAUCCAGGCACUCCAAACAGGGCAGCAUCAGCAAAGAGGACUCCCAUCUGCUCGGCCCUGCUGGCUGGAACGGGGACAAAGGUGGUGGAAGUCGGGGGAGCAGCCGUCCCAACAGCAGAACCAACAGCCGACCCACCACCCCCUCGUCCAAUGUGGCCACCACCACUUCCGCCCCUGCCACUGCUCCCCCUGAAGAGUGCCCCACUUCUGCCCCCAUUAGCAGCCGGGGGAACUCCCGCGCCUCCAGCCGCCUGAGCAACAAGAUAGAGCAGGGCUCCGACCUGGAGAUCAAGCCCCUGGAGAAGACGAUCUCUGAUGCUAAAGUGUCCGACGCUACUCCCUUGGUAAGGACCAGUGUCACCUACUCAGAAGAAGAAGUCCCACCCCCUCAUCCCGCCUCCAAAGAGUCUUCCAAAGCUGCCGUCACCCCCGAGCUUAAUGAGGCAGAGCCCAAACAAAGAACAGAGUCGGUCAAUGAACGACCAGUGUCCACUGUAUCUGAGAGCAAACCAGGGUCCAGCGCUCAGUCUGUUAAUAAAGUGCCACCCAAGCCAUCGCCGUCACCAAAGCCAUCGCCAAAACGAGAGGCCAGUCCGGCUUCCAAACCUGCCACACCUGCACCCAAACCAGCACCUAAGAUUGAACCCAAAGCGGAGGCCAAGCUGAUGAAGAACAUGGUAAAGAGCCCAGGUACAAGUGAAGUUACAGAGCUAGAUGAAUUUGAGCAGGGUCCGAACACCAUCAUGAUAACCAUGGUGAUUCUGCUCAACAUUGGCCUGGCCAUUCUCUUCGUACACAUCUUGUCAUGAAACUCUGUCGACCCAGGUCACCAGCUUGCAUUGGUGUUGAGGUAAGAUUGCCCACAUUUUUAAGCAAGGAUCAUCCAGAACAAAGAGACUACCAAGAAAUUCAAGCCUUAUAUGGAAGGAAACUGACAACAGCUUCUCCACACACAGCCUCUUGUGACUGUGUUGAGGCUCUUUGAGGCCAAACUGAUUUUCAGUCUUGGAAUAUCUGGAGCCGAAUUGAAGGACAUAUGAAUCCAUAUGAAUCGAGACUACAGGACAUCAAUGAAUCUGAAUGUCAGGAAGAGGGUCUGAAUGGACACUGUGCUUGUAAAGGGGGGAUCCACUAGUGAGUUUCAGUAUCUACACUGGAGAUGUUGUUGCAUGUUAUACACAAGUUAAGUCUACGCUAUCAAACGGCUUAACACCGACAGAUUAGAGUGGUUGUUGACUGGACAGGUGAGGUUGUGUUCACACAGUUAGCCCAAUUCUGAUAUUUUUUCCUCUAAUUGGUCUUUUGACCAAUCAAAUCAGAUCUUUUCACAUCAGAUCUUUUUUUUUUUUAGAGAGAUGAUCUGAUUGGUCAAGAGACCAAUUAGUGAAAAAAAUAUCAGAAUUGGGCUGUCUGCCUAAACGCAGCCUAAGUGUCAUUAAAUAAUUAGUUAUGUAAUUAGAUAUUCAUUUAACUGAUGUCUUGCCUAUAGAAAUGUAAUCUCUUGGAAAAUCUCAAAUAAACUGAAUAUCCAUCACUCAUUUUUUUCCUUUAAAUUUAGUUUGAUAGAUCAGGGUUUCCCAAACUUGGUCCUCGGGACACCAAGGGGUGCACGUUUUGGUUUGUGCCCUUGCACUACACAGCUGUUUCAAAUAAUCAACUAAUCAUCAUUUGAAUCAGCUGUAAAGUGUUAGGGCAUAAAACAAAACUUGCACCCCUUGGUGUCCCGAGGACCGAGUUUGGCUAACGCUGAGAUAGAUGAAGACAGUAAAGAUUAGCUGUUUGGGGGGGUAACACUCAGUGUUCCAAUUUGUUUAGAAAAAAUAUAUAUUAUGCCAACAUUAGAUUAUCUGUUUUAUUUUUUUGCCAUAUUCUCAACUUUCUUCAGUAGACAUCAGUAAAGACAUCUCACAGUCUCUUUGACGCAGUCUCUUUGACAUCACAGGGCUCUUGUAAAACAUGAAAUAUAGAAUAUUGAUUCGGCAAUGCCUGAGAAUCAGUGAUUCUUUUAACCACAAUGGCAACACAACCCACCACAGCAGUGCAAUGUCAUGUACGGUUAUGUUUUCACAUCAAAUAUUCGCUUUCCAAGGCAAAUGUUUGAGUGUGUCACACUGCACUUGUGUUUAAAACAAUAUCUGUAACGGGAGUGGUACUGCACUAAUAAAAGGCGUUGUAUAAUUCAGUAAGAGGUUUUCAAAUGACACAGAAUAGAGGAUACAUUUUAGGACUUUAACCAGUGUGUGUGGUAUUGAAUUUCUGGUGUAAUGUCUACUGUAUGUAAACUGUUUUCUGUUUGUCUGAUCAAAAGUAAGGUAAAGCACCCUAUUUUAUGGUUUGAUUUCAAUAAAAGCAUGACUAAAUGGAGUCACAGUGACAAACGUGGGUGGGUGGGGGGUCAAUUCUGUCAAAACAAUUCGGGAACAUUUUGUGAAGAUUUUGAGAGGGUAAUUAUUUGAACAAAUGGGUUUGCUUUGUUAGAAUGUAAUUGUGAGCAGUUGUUUAGGGAUUUUGUUGGUCUGUAUGUUUGAGUAGGUCACACUAUUUAAAAUGCAUUUCAUUCAGAACAAA